CCCAAAAUGGCGGCCUCCAUUGCCGGAGUGCGAAAUGUGAAUCCCAGUCUUGAUGGGGUUUCUGCUGAGCAAGAACAAGAUGCUAACUCCGCUUUAACAGAGCUGGACAAAGGCCUGCGAUCCAAUCGCAUAGGAUUGCAGUGUGAAGCAGUUGUGAAAUACCCUCGGCUGUUUGAAAAAUAUCCAUUCCCAAUUCUCAUAAAUUCAGCUUUGCUGAAGUUAGCUGAUGUGUUUAGGGAAGGUAACAAUUUCAUCCGCUUGUGCAUCCUCAAGGUCACACAGCAGAGUGGCAAACACCUGGACAAGAUUCUCAACGUUGAUGAGUUUGUAAGAAGAAUAUUUUCAGUUAUUCACAGCAAUGACCCUGUGGCGAGGGCAAUCACUUUGAGGACCCUGGGCAGUAUUGCUGGUAUCAUCUCAGAGAGGAAGAAUGUCCAUCAUAGUAUCAAACAGAGUCUUGAUUCACAUGACAUGGUGGAAGUAGAGGCUGCUAUGUUUGCUGCUGAUCGCUUUGCAAAGGAAUCUAAAACCUUUGCUGCAAGUAUCUGUGGUAAGAUUGCUGACAUGAUCUGCAGUAUUGCGACACCCGUCAACAUGAAGCUGAAGUUGAUUCCCAUCAUGCAACACAUGCAUCAUGAUGUCACAACAGCUGCCAAGACUCGGGAGAUUUGCCUCACCCUCCUGGAGAGUUUCCCUGCAGAGAACCUGGUGGUGGUGACACUACACACAAUGUCCCAGCUGGCAGCUCUAUCGCUGUAUGACCUUCAGGAACAAGUCCAGUUCCUCCUCACCUUCCUUAACCAGGAUCCUCGCCAUGGGGUCAAGGUCAUUGUGUUACAGGACCUGAGACUACUUGCUAAAAAAGGGCCACAUCUUUGGACAUCUGGCUUUAUUGAGACUCUGUGUCAGUUUGUGCUGGCAACCCCGUCGGUGAAGCUGAAGGUCGGUGGUGUCAGUGUGCUCACCACGGUGUUCAACUCGGUGGCCGUACAGCUGCUUCCACUCACUUCAGACUCAAAGUUGCUGGAUUUGUGCCAGCAGUACUGUUACCACGAUAACCUGAUUCUGGCAUCACGGACUGUUCAGCUUCUUACACAGCUCGCCAAAUCAAAACGCUGUCCUAUUGACCUUCUUGGAGAGGCAGUGGGGUGUCUGCAGACUCAUCUGAUCCUGUUGACAGGAGGAGGGGGUGAAUCAGAACAGCACACAGAACUCAAGCUGUGCCUCCGCUGUGCGGUAGAACUGUGUCAGACGUCACCAACUCUCUGUGGUGGAUUUGUAGACACCAUCGCUGGACUACUGCCCAGUGUGUCUGAUUCUGAAGCUGAGGUCUUAUGUGAAGCCCUUGCAGCUAUUGGAUCAAGUAACUCUCACUCAUUGCAGCUUGUGGUCCCUGUCAUAAUCAGUUGUCUGGAGAGUAGCGUUGAGAAUAGUCAGCAAAUAACACAGCUACAGGUGUACAUGUGCACCCUGCUAUUCCAAGCUGCUGGUGGAGAAGGAAUACCCAAUGAAAUUCAUGAACUGAUUGUCACAUGUGCUGGGCUGGCCAAUCAGUGGCUGGCUUACAAGAUGUCUCGGCAGGCUCUACGUUACAGCCAGUAUGAGAUAGGUGGUGACAUCAUCAAACCCCUCACAGUCAAGGUUGCAUCUGAGCACUUCUACCACUGGCUGAUGGGGAUUGCUCACAUAUGCAGUGCAGAGAUGAAGCUGCGACAUGUGGUCACAGACAACAGCAACGUCCUGCAGUGUGUGUCUGACAGUCUGGAAUUCUACCAGAAGGCUCUUGUCUCUCUCAAGGCCGGCAGCUCCCCAACGCACCCCCUCAAGUUCCAGAGUGACUACGUCAACUUGAGGAUCACCCUGCUCCAGGCACAUCGUCAGUUGAUACUGUCCUGUAACACAUUCCGCUCAGCCCCACCUCCAGCCAUCGCCACCGCCCUUGCCUCUACCAAUGGGCAGGAGGGCACCCGCUGGAGUCAGAUCGUACAACAGUUGGAGGGCAGCAUGGAGCAGUACGAGGAGUUGAGUAAGAAGAUAUCCAAUGUCUAUUGGUCAGCCUUUGAUGCUGACAAAGCCUCACUCUCUAACAUCGACAUUCUUCAGCAGAGCUGCGACAGUGUGAAAGCUGCCAUCAUGUCCAUCAUCUCGACCAUGCAACUUGGUGGAGGAUCAUUUGGAGACCGGCAGCUGUGGACAGGUGGCGGUGAAACUAUAGAAACAGGGGUUUCCAUAGAAACAGCCCUGCAAAAUGUUUCAAGUGGCUUGAACAAAGUCCUGCAGGAUACAACAAAUGACAUGACGAGUAGGAUCACCUUUUUGAGUGACUCGGCUAAAGCCCUGAUUAAGUCAAGCCACAGCUUCCCACGCUUCUUCUUCCAGACUCUUCAGUCAACUGUACUCAAGCUGGCAGUAUCACCGCAACAAAAUGCUAACAUGGAGCCAAUCUCAAUCCGGUGCGACACUCAUCUCGCCAUUAAGGUGGAAGGGAUUGUACAACAUGGUGAACGACCCUGUCUGUUCCGGACAGCUCACUCCGUCAGCAUCUCUGCCACAUCAGCUCUGCAGAGUCGCAGCACACAACCAGGAGCUAACACCAAGGGGAAUGAGAUCACGUCCAACUUCCUGACCCAAACCGUGGAGCCUCACAAUGACUACUUCAGUGUCAACUUCCUGUUGCCCUUCCCUGUCCUCGGCAUCCACACGGUAACAAUUGAUGCCUCCAUUGUUGACGUCACUGGCGCCAUCUGGCAGACAGGACCCAAGGCCACACUUACGAUCAAGUCUUAUGAUGAGGUGCUGCAGCGUCAGCAGCAACAAGCCAGAUACCAAGCUCGCUCAGGGACAUCAUCAAGUCUCAAAUAGUGCUACUCAUUUUCACCAGAACUCCAUGCACUGCAUUAAAUCAUGAUGUAUAUAUGCAGUGUUUCAUACAAUAAAUCAUCUUUGUUUCA